UGUAAAGCCAGAUAUUUGUUUUAACCUGUUUUUCAAUCUGUUGUAGAUUGAGCCAGUUUACAAGAAGCGUUUUCCAAAGUUUCUCCGGAUGGUUAUUAAGAAAAUCAGCAAUGGCUCUAUUGUGGUAGAUUCAGCUCUUCAAUUUGACAACAAUGGCACUUCUCCUAAUACCACAGACGUGAAGCAAGUCCUUAUCGAUGCACUUGCAAAUGGAAAUGUGACCAUCAAAAUCAGCAAUGACACCAUCAACGUUACGGCACCUGCCACAACUGUUACACCCGUGACACCUACUAAUGCCACAAAUACUACCUCAAAUACUGCACUGUUUACUUUAGUAUUCAGCAUUGUGGACACCUUCAAUGAUACCUUGUCAAAUAUGUCCUCAUCUGAUGCUACAACUCUAAAAACAAAAAUCAUCAGUCAGUUUGGUAGUGUUUUCAGGAAACGUUUUACAAACUAUCUGCAAAUGCUAAUUCAGAAAUUCAGCAAAGGCUCCAUUGUGACGAGCAGUUCACUUGAGUUUAACAGCACUGGCGGUACAGUUGCAGCACAGGAUGUGGUCGACACAAUUAUCUCAGGAAUUAAAAAUGGAAAUUUCACCUUCAAUAUCGAUCAGAAAUCCAUCAAAGUUACAGACUCAUCAGGAAACACGGCGUCCUCCAGUUCUCGAGUGAUCACUAGUAUGCUCACAGUUCUGUUGAUGACUCUAGCAUCACUUCUGCUGUCAGGAGUGAUCAACCUAUAAGCACCACAUUCAUGAAGAAUCAAAGAAAAACUAUUCCUGCAUUGAUUACAUCAAAACAUAUUAUGAAUGAUCAUGUCAUCUUUAAUCUUUUACACUCAUUACGUACUAUUUAGUUAGCAUUCAGAACCAACAACUUAUUGUACUUUGCGCACCACGUCAUAAGCUGUAACAGUUAUCUGAAACAGUAGUCUUAUAUUUAGAGCCAGGUAAUGUAUUGUAUGUCUGAUUAAUGACAUUUUGUUUAUAGCUCUGUUAUGUCUAUGUGUAUACUGAGUUGGAGAAAUAAUGAGGAUAGGUUUUUACAUUUACACCGACUCUGAACAUUCCUCCAUGCAACAGUAAUUGCACAAAUAAAUAUUAUACAUGUAUGUUAACAUUUUAAAAUGGAAUUGCUUUGUUAU